CACCGUCAGUCAAUGAUUUGGCAAGUUGCAGGAGAGCGAGCGCUUUCUCCUUAUAAAAUAAACAAACUUUUAUAUCUGUUCAAUGUUCAAUCUUAUAUGAAUAAUCAUAAAGUAAAAUCAUUAUUCAUGUGUUUAAACGGUUAAUAAAAGUGAUUUAAGGACAGCAACUGUGAAAAACCGGUGAGUGAAAUUUGAACUUAGCGCUGGCUAGUGGCUGCCUGAUUAACUCGGUUUUUGUUAUUUGUUUGCUAAGCGUAUUGUCAUGUUUUAGUGUUAUAUAAGCGAUAUGUUGUUAUUAAAGACUUUUAGUGCGUGUGUAACAUUUAUACGACCCCGGCUAUGCACAGUUCGCACCAUGACCAGUGCGUCGGUGACAAUAAAGUUCCGCUCGGGUCUGACCUCAUCAGACCCUGAGCAGUGCCCUGUGCUGUUUGUGGGGCAGACAUUCCACCUAAGCCAGCUGAGCUGGAGUGAUGUGAGACGCAAGCUGGAACCACAUGUUACUGAAGAGGCGUGGAAGCGCGGCAUAUCAUGCGUGGUGGCGACACCGGGGGAGGCUGUAGAGGUGUGGCCGCGCGCGGUCUCCAUCGCGUCUCUGCCGGCGCGGCGCUCCCGGCACGCGGCCCCGUCCCGCGCGCAUGCGCUCGCCAAGCUGGUGCGGGCCACGCCGCGGCACAGCGACGAGUUCAUCGUGCUGGUGUGCCGCAAGCGCGAUGUACUGGCCAGUGUCGCUGCUAUCGCGAGAUCGUUCCCGGAGUAUGUGGCGAGGUCCGGGGCAGCGCCGCUCGCGCCGGCCCCGGAGCCUCGUGCCAGAACUGUUACAGUGGAGUUGCAUCUUGUGAGGGAUGAUGGACGAGACGGCGACUCCGAGGACGAGUGCAUCGGCUCGCUGGACCCGAUCCUGUGCGAGAGCUCCCUGUCGAGCGAGGAGCUGGCCACGCUGCAGGACGUGGCGGACGCGACCCGCCUCGCCGCCAGGAUCACCGACAUGCCCGCCAACAUCAUGAACGUUGACAAGUUUAUACAUGAAGCAUGCGACAUCGCCAAGAAGCUAGACAUCCAGGAGCCAACCAUUAUCCGUGGUGAAGAGCUGAAGAAUCGCGGCAUGGGAGGUAUUUACGGGGUGGGUCGCGCCGCCUCGUGUCCCCCCGCGCUGGUGGUGCUGUCGUACACCGCCCCAGCCGCCACCGAGACAGUGGCCUGGGUCGGCAAGGGCAUCGUUUAUGACACCGGCGGUCUCAGUAUCAAGGCCAGGACGUCGAUGGUGGGCAUGAAGGGCGACUGCGGCGGCGCGGCGGCGGUGCUCGGCGCGUUCUACGUGUUCGUGAAGGCCAAGCCCAGCAUCAACCUGCACGCCGUGCUGUGCCUCGCCGAGAACGCCGUGGGGCCGCUCGCUACCAGGCCUGAUGACAUCCACCAGCUGUAUUCAGGGCGUACAGUGGAGAUCAACAACACUGACGCCGAAGGUCGUUUAGUACUGAGUGACGGAGUGGUGUACGCGUCCAGAGAUCUCAAAGCGGACACCAUUGUAGACAUCGCCACCCUCACCGGCGCUCAGGGCACGGCGACGGGCAAGUACCACGCGGGCGUGGUGUCGAACAGCGCGCGGCUGGAGCGGCUGUGCGUGCGCGCGGGGCUGCGCGCCGGCGACCUCGCGCACGCGCUGCCCUUCGCGCCCGAGCUGCACUUCGCAGAGUUCACCAGCUGCGUCGCCGACAUGAAGAACAGCGUCGCCGACCGCAACAACGCCCAGCCGUCUUGCGCUGGACUGUUCAUCUUGGCUCACCUUGGCUUCGACUUCCCCGGCUCGUGGCUGCACAUUGACAUGGCGGCGCCUGCGCAUUGUGGCGAGCGCGCGACGGGCUACGGCGUGAGCCUGCUGUCGGUGCUGUUCGGGUCCCGCUGCCAGGCCACCCUGCUGCGCGCGCUGUGCCCCGCGCCUGCGCCCUGACGCCGGACCGCGCCCGCCUCCCGCUCCCCGCUGUGGCGCGUCGUGCGCUCCAUCCCCAGCCGCCGGCGCCACUCGCACCACCCCGCGCACGACGACCCGGAGCCGCCGCGCCGCGCACACCCGCCACACCCGCCCUUCUCGCGCCCCUACGACCCACCCUACCCGCGCCACCGCUACCCGCCCUACCCGCGCCGCCGUGACCCACCCUCCCCGCAACCCUUCGACCCACCUUUCCCGCCGCAUCCCUUCGAAGCACCGUUCGCACAUCCCUACGACCCGCCGUUCCCGCACCCCUACGACCCGCCCUUCCCGCCACACCCGCACCACCAUCCACGCAUCAUACCCAUACCGACCACGGUACCGGAUAUAGAACAGCUCCUGGGCGAUCAAGUGCCCGACCAUGACUCAUACAGACGAGCUGUAUUCUUAACGCGCCUCAGGAAUGCCGCCAUCCAGAGUAGUUUGAGGCAUCAGGAUCCGUACGAUUUCGACCCGCUUCCGGAGGAUAUACCACUCAGCGAAUCACCAGAUCUGUAAGUUCAGUGGACUAGUGAAGGAAAACCCAACUCAGAUGUAACCCGGCAGCUUGGUGUCUGUCGCAGUACCCAGCAAUGAGAACUCAACACCUGAUGAGAAAAGUGGGGUCCAGAUAUCAAUUGAUGAGAUAUUGGCACUCGCAAAUCGACUCAGUUAUGCCAGCCUUCGGUACAUCUUGGUUAACAACAUUCUAGCAAUUACAAUCGAUAGCAACUUCUUUCCUCAUUCACCUCUGCUUUUAGACUACAGUAAUGAACAUCUGGUCAUAAUGUUACUCUGAUAAUAUGAACUAAUAUGUCCACCAGUCUCAGACUAUGUAAUCCUUACUCGAAACCGUAUGAAGUAGUUAAUGUCUAUAUAAUAUGUGUCUAUAUUAUAUACAAUUAUCAUAAGUCUUAAUAAAUAGUAUUUUAAAGAUAUAAAACUGAUUUAGGAUAUCGUGUGAGCGAGAAAACUGACUCGUAUCGCAACAGAUCAUACAAUCUUGGAAUAUUUAAUACUGUAGAAUUUUUUGCGUUAACAAUCGAAAUCUUAAAAUAUAUAGUAACGAAAACAUUAUAUUCAUGAAAUACAAUAAUAAUUUCAAUGUUGUUAAUUAGACAAAUAAUAAUUGGUGUAUUAAUUAAUUCCUAUUUCUCCGGAAUAAAAUAUGUGGGUAGUUGUAACUUUACUUAAGACUAACGCCAUCUAUCGGCGUAAAUUUUAUCCAGUGUGACUGGUAAUGUCGACUUCAAUUCAUAUAAGUUACCGGAUUCCUUUAAUGCCUAUUUCAAAGUUACCGAUGUUUGAUAAAUGUCUGAUCAGUCUACUUAUCUGUUUUCGCCAACUUUAACUCCUACUGCGCCCAUUUGAAAAUAUUAUCCAUCGAAUUGUGUUUAGGUGGGCCUUAGUUCUUAUGGCGUAUUCGUCCUUUUGUAAUUAAGGUCUUCCUAAUCAAAGCUCGGCUUUCAUAGCCGUAUAGGUAAAUGGAAUUGAUUCUCUUACCUAUACGGCUAUGAAAGCUGUUCAUCGAUUAGAAUGCCCGUAAUUGCAAGACGGAUAUACUCCUUAGACGGAAUAUGGCCCGCUGACUAACCUGAUUGGAAAAUUCAGAACUUAACAACUGUCAUUUUUUAUUAGUGUUGUACUUUAUCAUAUGAAUAAUUUUUAUCUUAUUAAAAACUAGUCAUAGCCGAAAUUAAAAGUAAAUCUGCUAAAUUAUAAUAAACAGUAUAGUACGAAUUUGGCCUUAAUGCCACAAAAUAUCGCCUAAAUGUCUCUGCAAUUAUGGGUUCUUUAAAUAAAGAGAAGUUGGCGAAAUCAGAUAUAACACCUCAUUGUCCACACUAAUAUAUGUUAAGCAUAAUAUUAAUUAUGUCAAUCUAACUUAGUUAUAUUCGUUCAUAAAAGAUGGGAUGCAAAAAGGUUCUUGUCUAACUAAAUAAACAAUUUCUUAUAAAAAAUUACUUAUAUCGAAAUCAUGGUGUAAAAAAAUAUUUCAUUUGAACACUCGAAUAUUCGAGAAGAUCGGUGUUUCUCGGAAAUUGCAUCUCAUCAUUAGCUUAGUUGUUUUAAACACGGAAUAAUGGCUAAUGAGACAUCUAUACUGUAUUCAGCGAAUCAUAAAUUUAAUGUAAACAUAUAUGUACCUAUCAAUUUAUAGAUAGUGUUGACUAUUUUCCUAUUCAACUGUUAGAAAAAUUGGGAAAGAAGUAAGAUAUAAACAGCUGGCCUAUCAUCACCUUUUUGUAGUAAUGGAAUUGACAUUUAAAAAUGAUAAUUCUUUGUGGUAUCCAUUUCUGCCAGUUAGUAAUAAGAGGUAUUGACCGCAGUCUCACUUUGUCUCUUCCUAUAUGGUAAAUAUUGUGUGAAUAUUACUUAAUAUGUUCAAUAAUGUAGGUAUAGCUUUAAGGUUAGAAAAUACAUAACUUUAAAGAAGGUACUAUUUGUGCACAUUUUAUUAUAUUUUCUGUUGAAUGUGGUAUAGUGAAAGUAUACAGCCACUUUGACAUUGUGUUACUAAAUGGAACCACAAACUUCUUGAAAAUAACACAACAAAAAGUUAUUCGACUCGUAGAUGUAAAUAAAAAAAAUGAACAUAAAUAUCAAUCAAAAGUAAUUUUAAUUUUACACGCCGUACUGCUACUACUCUAAGAGAAUCCGUCGUAACGGCAUCAUCACACUUUCAGUCAGAAAUACACUCACACACUCGCCAUAUUCCCACUAAACUACAAAAUAAUAAAAAGUAAAACACGUAUAAAACUGGAUUUUUUUGUGAAAAUAUUCGGAUUUCAUAGAUUUUUGGCACAAUGUUAUUGGAGGUACAGACGAGUAUGUGGUUUUAUUUAUUAACUCAAUGUCAAAAUGGCCCUGUAUACAAAAACAAGUACAAUAUAUCAAAGCCAUGUACAAUAUCAGUUACCGUGAAAAUACUUGUAGUCGAAACUCUGUCAGUCAGAAUAUAAGAAGACAAGUCAUAAUACUGUUUAGAUUGCCAUAACUUUAUUUAUAAAUAUUCGAAUUUUAUUUAUAUUUCCUAUUACUCGACAUUGGAAAAUUAAGCAACAGAUUAUCCCUGGAAGCCAUAGUCUUAAAGAACUCGUACUCCCAUACUUUUUGUAUUAUGAUUCAUUUCGUUGUUUCAAGGCGACUGAGGUUCAAAUUCAGAAAUUGUCGAUAUCGAUCCUAUGUCAGUUAUAAAAACAGUUGUCAAAGUGUAAGAAUAAAUAGAAAUUGUAAAAUUGCGAGAUCGUUGCGGAAAUUGACCAAUCAGAGUAGUGUGAGCAUUGCGACUCGAUUUUGAUUGGUACAUUUCCGGGGUCGAUCUGAAGAUAGCGACAAAUUGUUUACCAAACAUAUUUCUUAAAUCCUAGUUUAAGAAGCUUUGUCAUGUUCCAUUUUGAUCAAUGCCUACACGUUGUAAUCAUAUUUUACGUAUGUCGUCUUAAUUUAACGAAGUUUACAUCGAUAUUCUGACUAAUAGAUGAGACUUAUGGAAUAUUUUUAGCAUUAAGUUAAAAAUGUGUUCGUCAGCGCCAAAUCAUUAUGCCAUAAAUAUUUUUGUAAUACGUUUUUUCCUUUUCAUUAACGGACUUGAAGCGUUGUUAGUAAACUUUUGGAGCAUUUUUAACCAGUGUAAUGUGCAUACCGUUUUGGGAAAUAAAGUUUUGUAUACUAA